UGACGUGUGUCAUGAGGUCAAAGGUAACCGGAAGCUGUUGGUUGCUGCCGGGAGACAGAACAACACAUACAACGCUCCAGAAACAUCGUAUAAUGUGCACUUUGACAUAUGUCUUUAUGGAUAAUGGUCUUGUUUUGUAUUCCGUUUGACUGGACGAAUGAGAAGAUGUCUGUAUUAUCUUAGGACGAGCGGUUACAACUGACUUUAAACCCGGAAGUGGAGCAAAGCAGUAGGUGUUAGCCUAGCCGCUAACACUCUUUAUCUCUUCCAAAUCCCAUAUGAGGUAGCGAUUUUUUCUUAAAUCACUGAUCUCACACUCAUUCUGCCAAUUGAAGUCACAGAUUGAACUUGUCAUGCGUGUCAGUGGCGAGACACGUCGUUUAUCGGGCUGUGAGCUGGGUGAGAUCAUGUGAGUUCAGUGUGAUACACAGUUCCAGCUGUCAGAUACUCAUCACUCUCAUCUGAUCAAUGUGAUUGAGAUUAAACUGAUCACUUUGAUCAUCUCUGGGUCAUUCGGGAGCCUGCAGACAACAUGAGUGGCAAAUUUGGCCUUGUGAAUUACAGCUCGCGGAAGCACAUCUCCAUAUCUGUGCCCUCGUCCACAGAGGUCAUGUCACCUCAUAUUAAAUCAGUGGAGGAGCUCAGAGUGCUGGGCAUCAACCUGACUAGCUUCAACACACCAACACAGUUCUUUAUCUGUGUGGCCGGCGUCUUCCUCUUUUACCUCAUCUACGGCUACCUGCAGGAGCUGAUAUUCUCAGUGGAGGGAUUUAAGCCAUUUGGCUGGUAUCUGACUUUAGUGCAGUUUGGAUUUUACUCCUUAUUUGGCUUGGUGGAGUUGCAGCUCACUCAGGAUAAGAGGAGGAGGAUACCAUGCAAAACUUACAUGAUCAUCGCAUUUUUAACAGUUGGGACCAUGGGCCUAUCCAACACUUCUUUAGGAUACUUGAACUAUCCGACACAAGUCAUCUUUAAGUGCUGCAAGCUCAUUCCUGUCAUGAUCGGAGGAGUUUUUAUACAAGGGAAACGCUACAAUGUUGCGGAUGUGUCUGCUGCUCUGUGCAUGAGUCUUGGUCUGGUCUGGUUCACACUGGCAGACAGUAAAAUUGCCCCGAACUUCAAUGUAACAGGUGUACUUCUCAUAUCUAUGGCCCUCUGUGCGGAUGCCGCUAUUGGAAAUGUGCAGGAAAAAGCAAUGAAACUCCAUAACGGGACCAACUCGGAGAUGGUCUUAUAUUCCUAUUCUAUUGGUUUUGUGUAUAUUCUAUUGGGUCUGCUGUCUGUUGGGGGGAUUGGACCUGCUGUUUCCUUCUGCUCUCAGCAUCCAAUGACGACAUACGGUUACGCAUUCUUCUUUUCACUGACGGGAUAUUUUGGCAUUUCAUUCGUCCUGGCUCUGAUAAAGCUGUUUGGAGCACUGGUUGCUGUCACAGUGACUACGGGAAGGAAAGCCAUGACUAUUGUAUUGUCCUUUAUGUUCUUUUCAAAACCUUUCACUUUUCAGUACCUCUGGGGUGGUUCUCUGGUGGUCUUUGGCAUCUUCCUAAAUGUUUACAGUAAAAACAGUGACAAGAUGAAGCUUCCCUCUUUAGAAGAGCUCAGAAAACGAGUGCUCAGCGGGAGGAAGGUGCGUCUGCUGUCUCAGGACGUGUAGGAGAAUGAACUCAAAAGUUUUAUUAAUGGGAUUCUCCAACCUCCUUCAUCAGCUGAUGCUCAGGUGUGGUUUGGAGUCGAAUCAGCAUGCAUGGAGCGUGGGGACCUGUUUGAAUCAAAGGGACAUUAAACUAAAGCCAAAAAAGCAAAGAUUUGCACUGGACAAAGGUGGAAACUGAAGGUGGAAACCGUUUUGGUAGAAGAUUCCUUUC